GGACGUGAACCGCUGCAGAAGAAGACCGCGAAGAAGUCGGAAGGAGAACGUUCCAGACGAGGCCACGAUUGUCGCCAAAGAAAACUUAUAUAACUCUUAUAUUUUGUCAUUUGAUCUUGGCUUUGUGUGAUCUUCCAGGAGUAUCUCGAGGAAAUCGCAUCGGCAGAAGCGAAUUUGCCCGCGAUUGACUACUCGGAACGCCAUUUUGUCAACUUUACACGGAUAAUCAUGGCAGAUGACUUCGACGUGGAGGCCAUGCUGGAGGCCCCAUUCCGAAAGGAUGAGAACAAAUCCUCUCAUGCUAAUGGCCACAAUGACCACGGCAAGAAAAAAAGGAGGAGUAAAAGUCGUAGUCCCGGCUCUAGGAAGAGAAGGAGCCGUAGCAGGAGCCGAGAUAGAAAGAAGAACAAGAAGAGAAGCAAGAGUCGCGAGAGGAGACGAAGCCGCAGUAAAGAUCGCCGCCGCAGCCGUUCCCGAAGCAAAGAAAGGGCUGGUCGCUACAAAGCUCACCGGAGUCCUGUGAAGAAACGUUCCAAAAGUCGCAGCCCAUUCAAAAAAGAAAAGAGUCCUGUCCGGCAACCCAUAGAUAACCUGACCCCUGAAGAGAGAGACUCCCGCACAGUCUUCUGCAUGCAGCUGGCAGCAAGAAUCCGUGCUCGAGACCUGGAGGAUUUCUUUUCUGCAGUUGGGAAGGUCAGAGAUGUGAGGAUGAUCUCAGACAGAAACUCUCGCAGAUCCAAGGGGAUUGCUUAUAUUGAAUUUGUGGAGGCUGCCUCUGUUCCACUGGCUAUCGGACUGACAGGACAGCGACUGUUAGGGGUUCCCAUCAUCGUGCAGGCUUCUCAGGCGGAGAAGAACAGAGCUGCAGCCGCAGCCAACAAUCUUCAGAAGGGAAGUACUGGUCCGAUGCGACUCUAUGUGGGCUCACUGCAUUUUAAUAUUACAGAAGAAAUGCUACGAGGAAUUUUUGAGCCUUUUGGAAGAAUUGAAGGAAUCCAGCUGAUGAUGGACAGUGAGACAGGACGAUCCAAAGGAUAUGGUUUCAUCUCGUUUUCAGAUUCUGAAUGUGCAAAGAAGGCACUAGAGCAGCUGAAUGGUUUUGAGCUGGCAGGACGGCCAAUGAAAGUUGGGCAUGUCACUGAGCGUUCUGAUUCGUCGACUGCCAGUUCCUUCCUGGACAAUGAUGAGCUGGAGAGGACUGGUAUCGACCUUGGAACAACCGGUCGCCUUCAGCUUAUGGCUCGACUAGCAGAAGGAACCGGUCUGAAGAUUCCUCCUGCUGCUCAACAGGCACUGCAGAUGACAGGGUCCAUACCUUUUGGGAAUGUGCCUCCUCCAGCAGCAACUCCAGCUCAGGCUCCUGCAAUGAAUCUUCCCUCACAGCCGCUGGCCACUCACUGUCUCCAGCUAUCCAACCUGUUCAACCCACAAGCAGAAAACGAUCCCACCUGGGCCAACGAGAUCCAAGAUGACGUGAUCGAGGAGUGUAACAAACAUGGAGGGAUUGUUCACAUUUAUGUUGACAAGAACUCUGCUCAAGGGAAUGUGUAUGUGAAGUGUCCCUCAAUACCAGCAGCCAUGGCAACUGUCAACGCUCUACACGGACGCUGGUUUGCAGCUAAAAUGAUCACUGCGGCGUAUGUUCCUCUACCAACGUACCACAACCUCUUCCCUGAUUCAGUGACCGCAAAGCAGCUUCUAAUGCCGACGCGUCGAUAGUCAGACAUUGAGCUCUGUGUAAAUAAUCGCAUUUUUUCCAUUACUUCAGUUAAACUGAAGCUGUGAAGCUAGUUGGCUGUGUGUGAUCUUUCUCCAUUUCAUUUGUUGAGAAAUAGUUGGUCUUGAUUUUUUUUUUUUUUUUGCUUCAAACAUGUUGUGGUUAUGUGCAGUAUCUAUCAUAAAGACAUAACCAGCAGGUAUUUACUCGUCUUUAAAUAUUGCUGUCUUGUUUGAAUCAAUACUGAGGUGGAAAGCCAAUUUCAACUAAUGUUUUGGCUCAAAUGCCCUCCUCCUGCCCCCCACACCAAAAUGUUCAGUUAAACGAUUCUUUGUAACUUUUUACAGAUGUAAUUUCAGUUUUUGUAUGAAAGCUCCAAAUAAACUUUGACAAAUUUGA